UAAUCAUAAAUGAAGGCAGGUAUGUAUGUAUGACUCCUGCUUUUUGUGAGAGGGAAUGAUGAACGGACUUUAGAAGGAUUGAUCUAGUUGGGUUAGACAGAAAAAAUAAUUUAAUGGGUAAAGGAAAAGAAAACAUGGAUUUAGUGGAAGAGGAUGAGUACUAUGAAACUACUGAUGAGGAGGAUGAAGAAGAAGAAGAAGAAGAAGAAGAAAAAUGGAGAAAGCACUACUCAUCAAAGCACAGAAUCUUGUUGGUAGGAGAAGGAGACUUCUCUUUCUCUCUUUGCUUAGCCAGAGAAUUCGGUGCCGCCCACAACAUGGUUGCCACUUCUCUUGAUACUCAAGAGAACAUAGGAAGAAAGUACAGUAACGGAUUGGGGAAUUUAAGAGAACUGGAGGAGAGAGGAUGUUUGGUGUUGUACGGAGUGGAUGCUAAGCAGAUGAGUCAACAUUACUUCCUCAGGACACAGAAGUUUGACCGGAUCGUUUACAACUUCCCUCAUGUUGGUUUCAUUUUCCGUGAGAAUAGCUAUUGCCAGAUCCAGUUGAACAAGGGAUUGGUAAAGGAAUUUUUGAGGAAUGCUAAGCUUCUUCUGAAAGAGGGGAAAGGAGAGAUUCAUGUGUCUCACAAGGAAGGUGAUCCUUACAACAAAUGGGAAUUAGUGAAGAAAGCAGAGAAGAUAGGCCUAAUUUUACAUGAAGCUGUGCCCUUCUGCAAAGAAGACUAUCCAGGUUAUACCAACAAAAGAGCUCAAGGUAACCAAUCCGAUGUCUCCUUUCGUCUUGGAGAUUGCCGCACUUAUAAGUUCAGGCCACUCACUCCCUCGCCCAAGUACUCUCUGAAUGGCAAGUAAUAUAAUAUGCAUGUGAGAUUAUGUUAUCAAAUAAAAGGCUGAGACUUUGUAUGAAUGCCAUGUACCAACCUCUUCUUGCAAGUAAUUUAAUGUCCGUUGAAGUUUUAUGCUUUCCUA